UUGGAGACGCUGGCACCAUGGUGAGGGAGGCGGGGCGAGGCUCCACAAUAGACCAAUCGGCUCUCGCCAUUAAAAGCAAUAACAGAGAAUCGGGUGCUAAUUGACCAAUCAUUGACCACGCUGGCUCAUAAUGGCGAUAAGAACAGACAGAACAACGUAAAAGCAGUAGAACAGUUCCAGUUUGCCGUAUAAGUCCGCAUGAACUCCUAGCGCGGUGAGCUCGCGAGACGACGAUACUCUGCGAGUUCUCAUAACCCACGACAUUUCCGUGUGGAGGACCAGGCGUUAGUUUGUUGUGGUGCGUGCUAGUGGGAAGUGUGUUUGUGAUAUUUAAGACAUUUUUUGAGCAGAGUGUGAGUGGACUUGAUGAUGCCACAAGCGCCCACGCCCGUGGUGCCAACACGCCCACGUCUCGGUUUCUCCAUAGAAUCUCUGGUGGGUUGCGGAGAUGAGAAGAGAUCAGCUGCCUCGCCGCCUGCGCUGGCUUACACCAAGCUGCCGGAGUCGCCGCCGCAUUCUUCGCCGCGCGACUUGGGGAGUCUGGGCCUGCCGCGCGAGUUCUUCCUUGCGCGGGAGCAACAGAUCCGCGACCAAAUACGGGACCAGCUUCUGAAGGAGCAGCUGUUCCGAGUGCACCAGGCGAGGCAGGAGUCUACCCAUCAGCCACUGUCUCCGCUCACCUCUCCAGUAAGAACCCACUCUCCCAAUACUCACCACCACCACGACGAUGACAAGAAACCCUCAUCUCCUCUCACCAGUCCAGUGGCCUCACUACCUCCUCCGAACUUCCUCUCAGGGGCUGGAGUACCUCUGCCCCCUCAGUUGCUGCCUCUCAGUGGCCACACCAUGCACCCACACCUGCCCACGCCCCUCAUGCCGCACCCGUUACUGACUCAGGGGCAGGUGCCACAGCUAGGAACGCCCUUGCCGCCCUGCCCACGGGACUAUCCACUUUACCCCUGGUUGCUAUCCCGCCACGGCAGGAUCUUCCCACCUGGAUUCCCUGGCGGACACGAUUUCCCCACGUUCCUGUUGCCGUUCCGCAAGCCUAAGAGGAUCAGGACGGCGUUCAGCCCGAGUCAACUGCUGAAGUUGGAGCAAGCUUUUGAGAAGAACCAGUACGUUGUGGGCGCUGAGAGGAAGCAACUAGCGCAGUCUCUCAACCUCUCAGAAACACAGGUCAAAGUUUGGUUCCAGAACAGGAGAACGAAGCACAAGCGACAGCAGCAGGAGGACGAAGGUGGUGAAGGAGGAGACAGGAAGGCGGAGGACAAGCAGAACGAGGAAGGUCUCGUUCUCGAGCACGAGGAAGAGGAGGAGCUCGACGUCGAGAACGAAGCAGAGACUCGCUAGUCUCGUCCUGGUUCCUGCCCUACAUGUCUUCCUCGUUCUUGCGAAUCUUCGAUUUCGAAGUGAUCUCGGUGAUCUUCCUGCCCUUACGGCUGUAUCUUACACCAGACAACCCGCCUCCCUGCAGCAGAUGUGCCCAUCUCGUUGUACACCUUGAAGGAGCUGUACCCACUUCUUUGAAGACUUCCUUGAAAAAGCUGUGUACCCUGAAAACAGCUAAACCAGUCUCCUUGAAGAACGCUGCCCAUUUCUUUAAAAGGAGCUACACUUGCUUCCGUAAAGAAGAAACGGCUUCCUUAAGGAUACAGAAAUCGCUAUCCUACCAGCAAAACCACACCGCAAAACCCACCCAGUUUUACGCAAUAUACCAAACUUCCAGAGAUGUGCGGAGCAAUAACAGUCUCCGAUCUUAAGAGUAUGCGAGGAUGGACAUCCCUUCCAACGAUCUUCUGGUAUAUUCGAAUAUUUAUAUACCCAGAUAAAUAAGGAUAUUCUUGACAUAUCUGUUUGGACAGAAUAUAUCCAAAUAUAUUUUGAUGGGUGAAAGUACAACAUAUGUGAAUUCAUUCUUAUUGUGAAAUAUUCACCUAAGAUGUUAGAUAUCCUU